AUGUCACAGUUCAUUGGCAAGACCAUCUCGCUCAUCUCCAACAGCGACAUCCGGUACCUCGGCGUUCUCCAUGAGAUCAACUCCGAGGAGUCGACCGUGUCGCUGAUGAAGGUGCGCACCUUUGGUACCGAGGGGCGAACUGGAGGGGCCAACGAGAUUCCUGCCAGCGACGCGGUCUACGACUAUGUGGUUUUUCGCGGCAGCGACGUGAAGGAUUUGAAGAUUGCUGACGAAUCCGAACUCGAGCCCCAGCAGGCCCCCAAGGAGGAGGCCGAGCAGGUGACACAGAACGAGUCGCCUGCAGCUGCACCAGUGCAGGUCCAGCCUCCCGCUCAGCCGCAGCAGCAAUCCCAGCCUCAGGCACAGCCUCAGGUACAGGAGCAGGCCCCUCGAAAGGCACGACCUGAGCCUCGCCAGGAGCCCCGAGAGGCGCGAGAGUCCCGGGAGCAGCGACAGCGAGAGCCUCGAGAACCCCGGGAGCCCCGGGAGCCUCGAGAAACUCCGGCGCAACCCUUUGACUUCUCCUCCAACCAGAUUGAGGAGUUCAAGAAGGAAAUGACCGAGGACGAGCAGACAGAAAAGUUCUACAACAAAAAGUCGUCCUUCUUCGACAACAUUUCGCACUCGACCCGAGAGCAGCAGCGAGACCCCGAGCAGAACCGGGUCAACCGAGAGCUCAACUUGGAGACGUUUGGCCAGACUGAUUCGGGGUUUCGACACAACAACUUCCGAGGGGGGCGAGGUGGACGAGGCGGUGGUCGAGGAGGACGAGGUCGAGGAGGUAGAGGUGGCCGAGGCGGCCGAGGAGGUGAUGGCAUGAGCAACCGGGACAGGGAGACUUUUGGUAGUUUUACCGGUCCUGCUCCGCGGUGGAACUAG